UGUUGGCGGUGAUGGUGGCGCAAGGGGUCAUGGAGACCAGAACCAGCCGGAGACCGUGCAGCAGCGCCCAGCAACACUUACUGCUGGCGGUCGCUCUCAUCGCAUGCAGCUCGCAACUACUGGUGGACGCCAACUCCUGGUUGUCGUUAGCGAUGAACCCUAUCCAGAGACCGGAGAUGUACAUCAUCGGGGCCCAGCCUCUGUGCAGCCAGCUGACGGGACUCUCCCAGGGGCAGAGGAAGCUGUGCCAGCUCUACCAGGACCAUAUGGUCUACAUUGGCGAGGGGGCCAAGACGGGCAUCAAUGAAUGUCAAUACCAAUUCAGGCAGCGGCGGUGGAACUGUAGCACCGUGGAUAAUGCAUCCGUGUUCGGACGCGUCAUGCAGAUAG